CGCUCUGAGAGCGCUGGUCGGAGGCGGUGAACGGAGGUUUUCCGUUGGCAAGUGAUGGGGCUGAGCCCCUCUGUUUCCCCCAGGCCGCCCCUGCACUGCCUCUGCUUGGUUCUGCGUCUGCUCGCUGAAGAAGCUGAACAGGCAAGAGGAGUCUCUUUCCCUGGGUGCAUAGGUCCCCGUUGGCCGAGGCUUGAGUCCUAACCGCCACAGCUGACGGCUGCGAGGGAUUGAGACCAGAAAAUUUCAUUAUGAUGUGUCUGAGCUUGGACCUUCUUGGAUUUAUCCUGUUUUGGGUUUGCUGAGGACUGAGAAUGAUACAAGCAGAAAGAUUUCUGAGAAAGAGGCAAAGUGUUGCAUAAUUUAAAUUCAUGAAUAACUGAUCCAGUUAAAUGUUUCUAUUUUACCUGAUUGACAAGGUAGAAUAUUCUUGGAAGGACACAAAAUAUAAUAGUAUAUUAACCAUUGAUAUCGGAGGAACUUCCUUGCAGCAUUUAAAAAAGUGAAUUAUUCCAAAAACAACUCAGCUACUAGUAAAUGAGUUGCACAAUUGAGAAGGCACUUGCUGAUGCUAAAGCCCUUGUUGAAAGACUGAGAGAUCACGACGAUGCAGCAGAAUCUCUGAUUGAGCAAACCACAGCUCUCAACAAGCGAGUAGAAGCUAUGAAGCAGUAUCAAGAAGAAAUUCAAGAACUUAAUGAAGUUGCAAGACAUCGGCCACGGUCCACAUUAGUUAUGGGUAUCCAGCAAGAAAACAGACAAAUCAGAGAAUUGCAACAAGAGAACAAAGAAUUACGUACAUCCCUGGAAGAACAUCAGUCUGCCUUGGAACUUAUAAUGAGCAAGUAUCGAGAGCAAAUGUUUAGAUUGCUAAUGGCUAGCAAAAAAGAUGAUCCAGGGAUAAUAAUGAAGUUAAAAGAGCAGCACACCAAGAUUGACAUGGUGCAUCGUAACAACUCCGAAGGAUUCUUCCUUGAUGCAUCUCGACACAUCCUUGAAGCACCUCAACAUGGACUGCAGAGGAGGCACUUGGAAGCAAAUCAGAAUAUGCAAAAUUUUAGGAAGUUUCAAACGGUCAUCCUCUUGCUGGACAUCAAAGAUGUUUUCUUGGAAUUACAAGCACACGUUGACCAGAUAACUGAAAUGGCAGCAGUAAUGAGGAAAGCCAUUGAAAUCGAUGAGCAACAGGGUUGCAGGGAACAGGAACGAAUAUUUCAACUUGAGCAAGAAAAUAAAGGCUUGAGAGAGAUCCUUCAAAUAACUCGAGAAUCAUUCUUGAAUCUUAGAAAAGAUGAUGUGUCGGAAAGUACAUCUUUAUCAGCAUUAGUGACCAAUAGUGACCUGAGUCUGAGGAAGAGCUGAAGAGCUUUUAAGUCUGUGAAUGAAUUAACAGAAAAAUCCAUCUCAAGCUGCCCUUUGUUUUAUUUUUUAUAAUAUGUACAGUGCACUGGCAAUGACAUUUUUAAAAGACAGCAACAAGAAAAUGCAUAGUUAAUGGUCAUAGACGUUAUUCCAAACUAUAAUUGAAAAAUAGAAACUAAGCCUUUGUUAAUUGGUGAACAAGUUAAAGAUUUUCACAGUGACUGCUGAAUGUAUCAAGAGCUUUCAGCAGUGCUGCUGGCUUUCUGGUUGACACUUGGAUAAACAUGAAUAUGCCCGACAAGUGUCUGGGAAUUAAUAGAAACAUCCCAAUUUUAAAAUACAAAUUUUGCCACAGUAUUGUGAAUGGAAAAUCGUCAUACUAAAUUAUAUCCUCCCUGUAUGGUGAAAGUUAGCAAGUAGCUUAUGUACCAUGAGACUUCAGCUUUAAUGAUUGCCUAUCUACCUUCUCAUUAAUUUAAAUUUUUGUCAAAGAAAGUUCAGUUUGAAAGACUUAGGAAUGUUUUAUAUGCACCAUAAAUAAAAGAGGUAAUUUAAUUUUAGCUAAUUUAUCCUAAUUAAUACUAACAGUUGUCCAUGAUUUGCUUAAGUAUAUGAAAUAUUUCAGGAAUGAAAGAGAAGGAAUACUACUUUCUAAGAAAGAAGAGCUUAUAAGAGACAUACUUAGUAGGUUAAACUACUUCUUUGAAAGCAUAAGUUUUGGUUCUAAAUCAGUAAUGGAGAUGAGAUUUUUCUCUUCUCUGUUUGAUCUUUAAGGAUAUUAUGUAGUUCAUUUAGCUAAGAGUUGAAAUGUUUGAUACAGCAAGAUAAGUAUGGUAAUUUCACAGUAAAUUGGGAAUUCCUCUGCCUCGAAACCUUUUUUUUUCCCUUAAGUAAGUACGCUUAAGACAUAUAGAAACCGUAAGUUAAAAUUUAAAAAAAAUUUUUUUCUAGAUCUAUUCUUAAGUUCCAUCUGGUUCUCAUAACCUACAAGAUGUUUCUUGUAACCUUUCAGUCAAAGGGCUAGGGGGUGGUGAGGGGGAAAUCUGGAUUUAUAAGUAUUUGUUUUAUUUUUUACAGAAUAUAUAUCCAGUAUAUAAAUUUUUAAAAGCUGCUAGAAAUAGAAAUGUGCUUUAACAUCAGUUGAAAUCUAAAUUUUUCAUGUUUUGUCCUGAUUAUAGAAGAAAAAGGUAAGAGUGUCAAAUAUGAUUAUUAAAUAUACUGUACUCACAUUAAAUAUAUAUUAAAAAUAGCACAGUAGAAAAUUCUACUUUGGAGUAUAUAAUUUGUUAAAGUAAUAUUUACAUGGUAACUUUUAUGUAUAAUUUCAUAUAUUGGUAAAAUUCAAAACUACUUUUCACUUCGGAAUUUUUUAUCUUAAGUUUGGGGAAAGUGGGGUUGAUGGGACUGAUUGAAUAGAAAAGGGCUAAUGGCCCAAACAUUAAAUAGAUUUCUUUUCUCAUUCAGAGGCCCUAAUUGUUAUUUGGUAAACAAGUGACAGUUUUUAUUUUUCAACUUUUCUGUUGGUUUUGGGGAAAGUAUCCUUUAGUUUGAUGCCACAUUCAUUCAUAGAGUUUUUAUCCCAAGUCAGAAUUGAAAUAAGCUACACAAUUGAGAGUAAGUCUGAGGCAAUUCAUUGGGGCAGCUCUAUUAUAAAACAUUACUUGAUAAAUAAUUAUUUUUGUAAACAGAUAAGUUGAGUUAAUUUAUUCUUGGUCUUCUUACUUGGAUAUUAUUUUAAGAAGUUGGUGUUUAAAGACAUUUAUGUUAUUAUAUAGCAAGUGUUCUAGCCCAUACUUUUUUUUUUAAGCAGAACCUUAAAAUUUAUGUCUGAGAAUAUGUACUACUAGGAACCUAUUUUAUCAAUAAAGAUGAGCGAUUAAAAUUGG